CAGAUACGUUUGACAAAUCACUUUGAUGGAACACUCCAAAACUAGCCCUUCGCCUUCAGACCAAGAAAUUGAGGAAUUACUUCUUUCCCUGCCGAAAGAGCAAGGAUGGUUAGCUGGUGGCCUAUUUCUCUACAACGGCUGUUGGUAUCCAUCCAAGAUUCUUCGUAACAUUAUCACCUUUCAACGACAUUUCCAAGCUGAAGAUCAUGAUAUUAUCCUUGCCUCUAGGCCAAAAUCAGGUACAACUUGGUUUAAGGCUCUGAUAUUCUCCAUUGUCAAUCGUUCUCGUUACACAAAUUAUUCAACCAGUCCAUUGCUUAUUACAAAUCCUUUCGAACUCGUACCCUUUAUCGAGUUCAUUCUCUAUGACAAAAAAGAACUUCCUGACCUUUCUUCUAUUGAAUCUCCAAGGCUCUUUUCAACUCACAUUCCAUAUGCAUCUUUGCCUGUAUCGAUUAAGGGGUGUAAUAACACCCGAAUUGUUUACAUUUGCCGAAAUCCUUUUGCUGUUGUGGUUUCCUCUUGGCACUUUGCAGCUCGAGGUCGGAAUAGCUUGGGAAGGUCAAUGGAGGACUUUGUUGAUAGCUUCUGCAAAGGUAUUGAAGGGUUCGGAUCGUUUUGGGACCAUGUGUUGGGGUACUGGAAAGAGAGCCUGGAGAAUCCGAGCAAAGUUUUGUUUUGGAAGUAUGAGGACUUGAAGGAAGACACUGAUUCCCACUUGAAAAGGUUGGCAGAGUUCAUAGGGUUUCCAUUUUCAAUGGAGGAAGAGAAAGAAGGGGUGAUUGAAGAAAUUUAUAAACAAUGUAGUUUGAGCAGCUUGAAAGAUUUGGAGGUGAACAAAACAGGCAAAUUCAUGCCAAAUUUUGACAAGAAAUGCUAUUGUAGGAAAGGUGAGGUAGGUGAUUGGGUCAAUCACCUAACUCCUUCCAUGGUAGAACGUUUGGAAAAGAUCAGUGGAGAAAAUUUGAAGGAUCUGGAGUUUCCAAGCAUCCACAGGACUGAGGAGUUCAUCCCGAUCAUUAGAUGCCAAUAUGCCUCGUCUUCAAAAUAA